UACACAACAAAACAUGACACCUUCACAAACAAAUAUCUCGCUCACAGACACAAACACAAAUACAUAUACAAUACCAUAGUAUAAAAGGACACCAAAGGCUCUCAACUUUACACACCAAAACAUCACAACUUUACACAAACAAAGAACAGAAAGCAAAUUAAAACCACCACCCAUUUCACCAGAAGUUUCUAGAAUACCUACUAGAUCUUGCUAGUUGAGCUAUCUUCAAUGGCAACUUCAAUUUCUGCAGCUGGAUUUAAAGGAGGUUUGAGCUCUUCCUUCCAUGGAAGUUGGGGAACAUCAAUGGUUGGACAAGAUCACAUCAUGCUAGUCAAGUCAGUGCCCAACCAUGUUCGAGUCGGAAAGCCGACACGAUCACAAGCUAUGAUGAAGAAUGUGAAUGAAGGGAAGGGUGUCUUUGUUCCGGUGGUUGUUGUCACUCGUGAUAUCAUCGGCAAGAAGCAAUUCAAUCAGCUCAGAGGCAAAGCCAUUGCUUUACACUCUCAGGUGAUUAUUGAAUUCUGCAAAUCAAUAGGGACAGACGUGAAGCAACGACAAGGACUCAUUCGACUAGCGAAGAAGAAUGGAGAGAGACUUGGAUUCCUAGCAUGAUUUAAAUUAAUCAUGUACUUCCAUUUAUUCAUGAUCAACACAUGAGCAAUGUUACAAGUUCGUAGUUAUAUAGUCAUUUUCAUUUUCCUGAGAAAUAUUGUAACGUAAACUAGAUGUAGUUACUUUCAUGCUGCGUAGUUGUAAUAUUUUGUUUCCUAUCAUGAAAUAUAUUGCAAAAUAAAGAUUGUUCAUCAGCUAUA